AACAGACAGCAGAUCUUUGUGAUUCUAAUGAUGAUUCAUUUUUGAAACCAUCGUUCAGAAAGUGAGAGUAAAGUUCAGAUUGCUGGAGCACAAACAGUGAGAAUGGCUUCAGCAGCUGAAGAUGAUUAUAUGUGUCCUGUGUGCUGUGAAAUCUUCAAGGCUCCUGUUCUUUUAUCAUGUAGUCACAGUUUCUGUAAAGAGUGUCUUCAACAGUUCUGGAGAACCAAGGAUACUCCGGAGUGUCCUGUCUGCAGGAGAAGGUCUUCAAGAGAAGAACCACCAUAUAAUCUCGCUUUAAAAAACUUGUGCGAGUCGUUCCUGAAGGAGAGAAAUGAGAGACAUUCAUCUGAGGAGAUCUGCAGUUUACACAGUGAGAAACUCAAACUCUUCUGUCUGGAGGACAAACAGCCGGUGUGUUUAGUGUGUAGAGAUUCACAACAACAUGACAAUCAUAAAUUCAGACCCAUCAGUGAAGCGGUUUCAUCAUAUAAGAAGGAGCUCAAUGCAGCAUUGAAGUUCUUACAAGAGAAACUACAACACAAUGAAACAAUGAAAGGAGAGUUUGAGAAAACAGUUCAACACAUCAAGAUGAUUGAAGUGAAUGUGGUUUGAUUUCAGUCUCAAGCUGAGCACACAGAGCAUCAGAUUAA